AUGCGAUUCCUUCCUCUCAAUAACGCGUCCCAGCAGUACAGUGCGGUCACGGCAGCACUGCCUGGCGCAGCAGAGCAGCACCUUGUCCUGGCUCGGAACCCCUUCGAGUGCUUUACAGGGCAGUACCUGCAGGAGCCUGGUAGUCUAUUCUGCCAAAUCCAGCCUGCAGACGAGUUCUGCAGCACAGGAGGGGCGGUGGAGCAGCAGCACCGGCGCAGGGCCGGGCCUCGGCGGCCUCCCUGCGGCGCGGGGCCUGAGGGGCCGCGCGGCUCUCCCCGGGGCUUCCGGACCCCGCGCGCUCCGCACCGCAGCGGGCCCGCGGAGCNNCACCCGCGGGCGCGCUCCCGCCGCCGCGGCCCCGCUGACCCACCGCAGCCAAUCCCCGUCCGGAGCGGCCUCGGCCGCAGCCAAUCCGCGGCCGCGGCGGCAGCAGCCACGUCACGUCACCGACCGCCGCCUCGCCGUCCCCGCCCGCGCUCCUUCCCCCCGGCGCUACCGGUGGAUGAUGUAAUUCCACUCCACGUUGCAGCACAAAAUCCUGGCCUUUGUAAAUUACAGCAUUAA